AGCUGACACCAUGAACCAGCUGAUCCUUUGCACGCUGCUUCUCUUGGCCGCCGGGGAGCUGGCUGGGGCAUGUCCCACAGGCUGCCAGUGCCAAGACCCCAAGACCAUCCUGUGUGCGGCCAGACGGGGACAGACCGUGCCCCGGGGGCUGCCCCCCAACACCCUCUCCCUCUACGUCUUUGAGAAUGGCAUCACGAUGCUCAGCGAGGACAGCUUUGCGGGCCUGCAUGCCCUCCAGCUCUUGGACCUCUCACAAAACAAGAUCACCAGCAUCCAGAAAAACAUCUUUCAGCCCCUGACAGAGCUUGUCAACUUGGACCUGUCCUCUAACCAGCUGCAGGAGAUCACCAAUGAGACCUUCCAUGGGCUGCGGCUGCUGGAGCGGCUCUACCUGCAGAGGAACAGGAUCCAGCACAUCCAUGCUGCUGCCUUUGACACGCUGGAGAACCUGCUGGAACUGAAGCUGCAGAACAACCAGCUCUGGGCUGUGCCCCCCCUUGACCUGCCCAACCUCCUGCUGCUGGACAUCAGCUGGAACAAGAUCCCUGCCAUUGCACCAGGGGCCUUCCAUGCCGUCAACAUUGAGUCCCUGAAGAUUGCGGGGCUGGGCCUGACGAGCUUAAAUGAGGAGCUCUUCCAGGCCCAGAACAACCUCCAUGAGCUGGAUGUCUCUGAUAACCUGCUGGAGCGUGUCCCAGCGGUGCUGCGGCGGCUGGGGAGCCGCACCAAGCUCAGCCUGGCUGGCAAUGCCCGCAUCUCCCAGCUGCCGGCAGAGGACUUCCACAACCUUCACAACCUCCAGGAGCUGGACAUCAGCAACCUCAACAUCAACACCAUCCCUCGGGAUUUCUCCAGCUUCUUCCCCAGGCUGCGGGCCAUGACGGCCGCUGGCAACCCCUUCAACUGCAUCUGCCAGAUGAGCUGGCUGGUGCAGUGG